CCUUGACCGUUCUUCACGCCUUGCCCCUGCGACAAUAGUUGAAACAGGCUCGAAACAUGACACGAGAGAAUCUCCCCGUGCUGGGUGUGUCAGAUGAGAGGAACUUCGUUUUCAAUCAUUCCUGGGGCAAGGAAAUGUUAUGGAAUGAUCUGGUGAGUCCCCAUCAGGCGCAUAUAGCUUGCUGGCUCUUUGGACGGCAUCACGACACGGAGCUCGAACAGGACACGGAGCGCUUCCCCACGCCUGUUGAGUUCGGGGACACCGCUCUUCAACUCGACUGCCGUUCCCAAGGUGCGGGGAAACACUCGAGCCGUUCCUCGAAGUGCGGCAGCUUCGAUGUACGAAAAACACAACAGAUCUCCCUCGUGUGUUCCGACGAUCACCCGACCCUUCAUCAUCGCGCACCAUGUCGCGUGUUGCCGGGGAAGCGAGAUGAGCCGUGCAGCCAAUAUCGUCUCGCCGCAAUCACCGCUUGAACCGUUCCGUGGUCAAGAACAUGCUGUUGCCCACAGAUGUUCCCGGAUCUGCGAAUCCGUCAUGUCGCGAACGCUAAUAUCUUCCUCCGGGACCGGAAAAUACCUCGCGUUCACUCCAUCGAUGAGACGUGAGCGCAAGAUGUCCGUAGUAAGAUUACGAAGAUAGCGAUUGACCUGGGACAGCCGCAACAAGUCAAGGUCGCGAAGGAGCGACCAGAUCAUCCACCAAAGCUCCACGGGCACGACAAAGAUUGAACUCAUGACAGAUAGAAGGACGUUGCAUUGCGUGCAAUUCAC